AUGGAGAGCCUCGUCCUCGCCUCCUCGUGCUCCGCGUCUCCCCGCCUGCCCCUCCUCUCCGCCGCCAGCCGCCCGUCGCGGCCCCUCCCGGCGGCGCCGCUCUCCGCUGCCGCCGGGCGGAGGGGAGCCAGGCGGCCGAGGCUCGUCGUCUCCGCCGCCUCCCGCGGAUCUAGGAACGUUUCAGAUGGAUUUAACACAAAGGGAUUUGCAAGCAUAUCGUCUUCAACCAGCACCGAGAAUACAUCGACGGGAACUGGCACCGUGCCUCCCAUGCCGCCUCCCUCAUCAUAUAUUGGUUCACCUGUUUUCUGGAUUGGCGUUGGUGUAGCAUUAUCUGCAGCAUUUUCCAUGGUCUCUUCGAUGGUAAAGAAAUACGCAAUGGAACAAGCAUUCAAGUCGAUGAUGACCCAGGCACCACCAAACACAUUUGGUGCGAACUCGCCAUUCCCAUUCUCCAUGCCACCACAGGCAGGUUCCACGGCACCAAGUAGUUACCCAUACUCAGGACCAAGGAAAAAUACCCCAAAAGGUGCAACUGUUGAUGUUUCAGCUACUGAUGUGGCAGCAACUGGAUCUUCGGAAGCAGCUGAUGUGGCAGAGACAUCGAAGCCUUCAAAGAAAUUUGCCUUUGUUGAUGUUUCUCCCGAAGAGUUGCAAAAACAGAAGGAGCUUCAAUCUUCAUUGCAGACGGUAGAUGUAAAAAGUGAUAGCACUGAAAGUGAAACGAAGGGUGAUACUGAACAAGUUCCUACAAAUGGUGCUGCUUUUAAGCCGAGUGAAGAUUCCUCUACCUGGACAACUGAAUCCAGUAAGUCAGGACCUAUGCUAUCUAUUGAUACAAUUGAGAAAAUGAUGGAAGACCCAGCUGUGCAGAAGAUGGUUUACCCCUACUUGCCUGAGGAGAUGAGGAACCCAGAUUCAUUCAAGUCGAUGCUUCAGAAUCCGAUGUACCGCCAACAACUGGAGGAUAUGCUAAACAACAUGGGCGCAUCUCCUGAUCAAUGGGAUAACCGCAUGGUUGAUCACUUGAAGAACUUUGACCUUAGCAGUCCUGAAGUUAGGCAGCAGUUUGCGCAAGUUGGCAUGACUCCAGAGGAAGUUGUAGCGAAAAUAAUGGCGAACCCAGAAGUUGCUGUUGCAUUCCAGAAUCCAAAAAUUCAAACGGCCAUCAUGGAUUGCUCGCAGAACCCUCUGAAUAUUGUAAAAUACCAAAAUGACCAAGAGGUCAUGGAUGUUUUUAUGAAGAUAUCGCAAAUCUUCCCCCAAAUUAAUGGCUAG